AAAUUACAAAUUCUCAACAAACAAAUUGUAAAUCUAAGUAAACAAAAUUUACAAUUCUGUUAGAGUGUUAACCUGCGCCAUGAAACCACGGCGGCAGAACACGGUCUCUGGAGAACGUCUAACCACCACCACCCGACGCCUUAACAGGCGACCCAAAACCUCAGAUAACAAAACAGAAAGCUCCGCACUGCCGAUACCAACAGAUGUCGUAAUCGAGAUCUUCUCGAGGCUGCCGUUGAAGUCGGUAGCUACAUGCCGUUGCGUAUGGAAGCUCUGGUCCUCCGUACUCCGCCGUCCAGAUUUCACCGACCUCUUCUUAACCAAAUCUUCCUCUCGGCCUAAGAUCGUGUUCAACCGGCGAAAAGACGGUAAGUUGCUCUUCUUCUCUUCACCACAGCUUCAAAAUCCAGACGAGAACUCUUCAGUAGCCGCCCAUCCUCUCAUGAACUUCACUGAUUUCAACUUUGGUUCUUUCUAUAAACUUAGUGGUCCUUUCCGUGGCCUUGUCUGCCUUUUAAACAAGCAGAUCUCAGAGAGCAAGACGGAUAUAGUACCUAUGAUAGGGAGCCCUAGCACGGGACAAACCUUGAUCUUACCCAAAGUAAAGACGACGAGGGGUAGGGUCAAGUGUCUGCUUGGGUAUGAUCCAGUUGAUAAACAGUUCAAGGUAUUGUCCAUGACACAGCCGUUGAAUGGUCGGAAGUCAUGGGACUAUAUCAUGUCUGAGCAUCAAGUUCUUACUCUAGGAACCGGAAAGCUGUCAUGGAGAAUGAUUCAGUGUUGUGUACCUCAUAUAUAUCCACGUGAAUCUAUAUGCAUCAAUGGUGUUUUGUAUUACUCAUCUCUUCUCCGUAGCGAUGCUAAGAUAGUUUCCUUUGACGUUAGGUCUGAGAAGUUCAGGGUUAUUGAGGUUAAGGGAAGUCUAAAACGAGCGCUUUUUGGGGACAUGAUAAACUACAAUGGUAAAUUAGGUUUGGUUAUAUCUGAAUAUAGUGACGGGAGUUUCGGUUUAAUCUUUGCGCAAAGUUCAGGAUUUAGGUUGUGGGUUUUAGAAGAUGUCGAGAAACAGGAAUGGUCUCAGCAUUUUUAUGUAUUGCCUGCUUCGUGGAAGAAUGUAGCUGGGGAACACACGUUCGAAUUUGUUGGGUUGGCUCGGACGACUAACGAGAUUGUGUUGUCCUCGUUGUGCCCACCUUACUGUUCCUACCUCAUCUACUUCAAUCCUGAGAGAAACACUCUCGUAAGAGUUGAAAUUCAAGGGCUCGAAAUGGGUGUGUCUGCACAUCAAACCUUUCUAGACCAUGUAGAGGAUGUAAGCUCUAUCCAAAGGUUACUUAAGGUGACUUGAGACUACUUGUUUCUCUCGUCUACACUAUAUCUUAAUCAUUAGAUGCCUAUUUUCUGUGGGUCAGGUUUUCCAUGUAUUUCAACAAAAUAAAUUGACUUGCAGCUGUGUUAAUUAUCAUAAAGUACAAGA